AGCAUGAGGAGUCCAGAUGGUGAGGGGGGCUGAUUUACAAAAAAAAAGAAAAAAAAAGUUAUAUGUUUCAGCUGAUUUUUCAGUGUUACAAUUGUUGUUGAAUUCAGUGGCAGACUGGUCUGGAGAAGCCCAGCGUGCUGUUAAAGUCCAGCCUGCCAGCUCUCCAUCUCCUCCUUCCCCGAUGACCACCAGGUCGGGGAUGACCCUCAAACGCCUCCAGCGCCCCGGAGCUCGGAUCCGCCGCAACAUCACUGUCCCUGUCAAACAGGAGUUUCAUCUUGAAGAAGACAAAUAUUACACAGAGGAAGAGUUUGUUGAGGAAGAGGGGGAAGAAGAGGUGGAGGAUGAUGCAGACUCGACUGUGGAGAGCGGGUCAAAGAAGAAGAGCCGAGGGCGUGGCACCGGAGAGCCGAAGAUGAAGAUGAGGAGGAUCUUCAGGAUCACGCAUGGGAGGGAGAGGCAAAGAGUUAAAGACCCAGAUGGUGUUCUGAUUCGUUACAAGAAGAUCCUGUCUACAUACCAGCGGGUGAGGAGCAUGUCCAGAGCCUUCCAGAUCCACGGAGUCGACCGAAACACGAUGGCCUCCACCUCCCCGAUCGCAGAGCUCCUGCUUGUGGCCCCAGAAAAGGUGACUGAUGUAGGAGAGUUUGAGGCCUCCAAGGAGAAGCUUCUGGAUUACGCCAGGCGAUGCUACAAGACUAUGGAUGAGGAGACGCACGCUAAGGUCCAGAGCAUGAAGAAGACCAACAAGCUGCUCCCAAUCUCCUACAGGUUCAGGAACUGAGGAAGGAAAUUCAUGUUGGUCAUAUAUAUCUUCUUUGCCUUAAAAAUAAAGUUAUGCAAAGGUCAAGUGCCAAUAUACAAUAUUUAGUCUACAUAUAAGAGAUCCAUGUGAUGAGUUUGUUUUUUUUUCAGAUGUUGGGCAGAUUUUCUUUGAGUGGAUCCUUUUUUUUUCUUUUUUGCCUGCAGUAAUUUAAAUAUAAGACACAGUGAUCUUCACUGUCUGAGGUGUUUUGUUUUUGUGUUAUUGUUUUUGUUUGUACAUUAACUGAAGAUCUAUAUUAACUUAAUAGAAUGUAAUAGACUGUCCCUGAAUAUAUUUUGUUUUUUAAGGAGAAAAAGAAAUUUUCACUCAAUGGUUACUGCAUGACGUCUGCAUACCAAGCUCAGGAAUUUUGAUUUCUGUUAGACAAGCUUUGCUUUUUUCACUUUGUGGUUUCGUCUUUUGCACACUGAAAAAUAAAUGUUCAAUUGCAUAAUUUGUUUGUUUUCUUGUCUUAAUUUAAAACAAGUUGACAGUUUUUAUGCUCCAGACAUUUUUUGACUUUUGUCAGGCUAAAAAAUAGGUAAAUAUUAGGUAUUGUUUACAUACAGCAGACAUUUGUCUGAAUCCCCUCCUGAAUAGAGGUGAACAUUGUAAUAAUCUGUAAUCUGUUUUACUAGCAGUCAGUAAGCAGAAAAACAAUGGUUGGCUUUUAGAAUUAAAGCAACUGACAAACAUCAGCGCCCUCUCGUGUAUUACAGGAGUACUGCUCAAUAGGAAAGCCAAAAAAUGACUCCCUCUUGAAAUUAAUCACAACAGACAUAUUGUUUAUAAAAUUACAAAUUUGAACUCAACUUGUAAUGAAUCAUACUCUAAACUAUUUGCGCUGAAUUUUAUAAUCUGAUUUUGCAGAACUUCCAAGAAAGAAGAAAUUCUGUAAUGAAUAGGACAUGCAGUUUU